AGGUUUAAGGCCGCAGGGCUCUGGCGGUGCUCGGCUGGACGCGCUGCUGGACCAGGGAUCCUCCGCGCGGGUGUGCGGGGCAGCGCGCACCGGGCAGGGCGCACGGGGCAGGGCGCACCCGACAAUGCUCAAGCGCUGCGGCCGACGCCUGCUGCUGGCGCUGGCGGGCGCGCUGCUCGCCUGCCUGCUGGUGCUCACCGCCGACCCGCCGCCGCCCCCGGAGCCCGCCGAGCGCGGCCGGCGCGCGCUGCGCAGCUUGGCGGGCCCCGCAGGGGCGGCCCCGGCGCCGGGGCUGGAGGCGGGGGCGGCGGCCGGAGCCCUCGCCCGCGAGGUGCACAGUCUGACCGAAUACUUCAGCCUGCUGACCCGCGCGCGCAGAGACGCGGGCCCACCGCCCGGGAGCGCCUUCCGUCCCGCCGACGGCCACCUGCGGCCCCAGUCGGAGCCACUCACGCCCCUAGACGUCUUCAUCGCGGUGAAGACCACCAAAAAGUUUCACCGUGCGCGCCUGGACCUGCUGCUGGAGACGUGGAUCUCGCGCCACAAGGAGAUGACAUUCAUUUUCACCGACGGGGAAGAUGAGGCCCUGGCCAGGCACAUGGGCAAUGUGGUCAAUACGAACUGCUCGGCCGCCCACAGCCGCCAGGCCCUGUCCUGCAAGAUGGCGGUGGAGUAUGACCGCUUCAUCGCGUCCGGCAGGAAGUGGUUCUGCCAUGUGGACGACGACAAUUACGUGAACGCGCGGGCCCUGCUGCGCCUGCUGGCCAGCUACCCUCACACACAGGAUGUGUACAUCGGCAAGCCCAGCCUGGACAGGCCCAUCCAGGCCACAGAGCGGGUCAGCGAGAGUAAGAUGCGUCCUGUCCACUUCUGGUUUGCCACUGGCGGUGCUGGCUUUUGCAUCAGCCGUGGGCUGGCCCUGAAGAUGAGCCCAUGGGCCAGCGGGGGCCACUUCAUGAGCACAGCCGAGCGGAUCCGGCUGCCGGACGACUGCACCAUCGGCUACAUCGUGGAGGCCCUGCUUGGCGUGCGCCUCAUCCGCAGUGGGCUCUUCCACUCCCACCUGGAGAACCUGCAGCAGGUACCUGCCUCGGAGCUCCACGAGCAGGUGACCCUGAGCUACGGCAUGUUUGAAAACAAACGGAACGCUGUCCACGUGAAGGGGCCCUUCUCGGUGGAGGCUGACCCGUCCAGGUUCCGCUCCAUCCACUGCCUCCUGUACCCGGACACACCCUGGUGUCCCCGCACCGCCGUCUUCUAGCAGCCUCGGCUGAGACCCGGUCCCGGGUGCCCCUGGUAUCCAAAGGGCCCGGGAACCCCUGUUGUGCCACCCUGGCUUGUCCUUCGAGGCUCCCAGGGCUGUGCCUCCAUGUGUGUACUAUGUGCCCAUCUGCGUAGCAGACACUUGGGCAGUUCUCUGCCAAGGAGCAGGCACAAGUGCCAUCUGUCUUCCUUUCCACGCUCCGUGGGUUAGGCAGAGCCCUGGCCACGGAAGGAUUUGUAUGUCCGAGGUCACUCUGAGGGCAGUUUGAUGUUAUUUCCGGGGGGGUCUUUGGCAGUAUGGGGAUCAGGCUGUCCUGCAGAGCCGUGUGGGCGCCUUCCUCUUCCUGCCCCCUCAGCCCCCAGGACAGUGAGCCAUGCUCAGUGCAGGGAAGCUGGGUUUGGGGAGCAGUGGCCCCUGCCCAGGCCCAGCGGCCCCGUUCAGCCCCCAGUAGCCGUGUGGCUAGGUGGACAGUGGCUCCCCCCAGCCCUCUGCACCUCUCAGAGGUCUUCCCUUUGUCUCCCCAGGAUGGGGGGGUCAGAGCUGAGCAUUUUAUCUCCUCUCCAAAGUAGAGAGAAAGUCGCCCAUAGUGGGUGUGUCUGUAAAUAUUGUGACAGUAUUUUUUUACUGUGCUUGUUUUUCAGAAGGGGGGUGUGUAUAAAGUAGGGUGUUUUGUCUUUGUUUUGGGGGAGCUGGGAGGGUGUUCUUUAAUCUUUUCUGUGGAUCAGAAAAAGCAGAAGCCACACUUGGGACCCUCUUUGUGGUGAAAGUGGGCAAUGUCUCACACUCUGGGUAUUUCUGUGUCCCUGGCAUCGGACCUGUCUCCCGCUGGCUGGCGCACCUAGCCCAGGGUGUGUGUUCUGUCUUCUGUUUUUCUUUCUGCAAAGACAUAGCUAGGAAAAUGAACAAUAAGGGAAAAGUUCUCAGGGAAUUGGAGUGUGGUUGCUAUGGUGAUGUCCUUUGCUGUGAAUAAAGGUGCUCUUUGGGGCAAUCCAGGGGUCCUGGUCUUGGCUGGGUGAACCUGAGGUACAGGUCAUCUUAGGUGGCUCCAGGCGUCUGGGGACUGUCCUUUGCACACGCUCGCAUGGGGGAGGUGACGAGGGAAGCCCAUGGGUGCGGAAGGGAACUUGGGAUCAAAAUAGCUACAUGCACGUGCCUGGGAGGCGCAGUCAGGAAGUCACAGAAUUUAGGUCCCCUGAGAGUAGGGACCCUGAGGCUGUAUAGCCCCAGCCUGUGCGGGCCAACCCUGCUGGCCGGGGAGUCAGCCCUCCCUGUAGGAUGGCCAGGGAUGCUGUGGUCAGGCCUGGGACCUUCUUAUCUGGCUUCAUCCCCGUCACAUGUCCACAGAGGCCACACUGCUGUCCCAUUUUGUCGGUAGGGAAACAGGCUCAGAGCGGAAGAUGCCCUAGGUGCGGUGGUGAAGCGCUGCACCUCGGAGGCUGGCUGGGCCUUGGACCCUGCCUCGCCCCUGUGAGAGGGCUCCAUGCCCUCCCUGGACAGGCUCAGGUGGCUGCACCAGGAUUCACACUGCCGUUUUCUUCAGAAGGUAGCCUCCUCGGUGCCCUUUCUUCCUCAAAUCAAGACUCUGAGGAUGGCAGGAGUCGGGAGGGCUGCUGCAGCGUCUGCUGGGGAGUUCCCUCUACCCCCACAUGCACGCAGCAGGGGGGCAGCCUCACUUCCUCUUCCUCACUCUGAGCCAGACCUCCCUGGGGGCUCUGGCCCGCUGCUGGCCUCAGGUUCCCUACUCCACAUCCCCACUCGGCCCCAAGCUCAGUCCAGUCAACAUAUUAAAAAGCAAAGUCAUUUGGCUUCCUCUUUCUGUAAGGGGCCUGGGGUGACCUCUAAAAAUGGUUCACUGGUCACUUGACCCAGAAAACCCCACAAAAUCAUGCGCAUCAAGAGGUUCAAAUCUUUGUGUUCACUUAACACUCAUAAAACUGCCCUGGCCAUCAAGGAUAUGCAUAUCUAAAAAGCCACCAAGUGUCUGAAGGAUGUCACUUUACAGAAGCAGUCUGUGUCAUUCUGUCAUUACAAUGGUGGAAUUGGUAGGUGUGCCCAGGCCAAACAGCUGGACACAAGGUUGGUGGCCCAAAGAGUGCUGGCUUUUUGCUGUACACACUUAAAAAUGCAGAGGGGAACACUGAGCUUUGGGGUUCGGACGUAGACUGGUCAUUGAGCACAGCCAGGUGAACAGCACCCCCAAGACGUGCCAUUCAUGGACUGACCGUGAGGAACUCCUUGCCACACUGACGUGCUCCGAGUGUCCCUAAACCACACGAGGAGCUUGCACAAAAGAAAAAGAAAGCCCAGAAGA